AAUCCGCGUUUACAGUAAAACACCACACUUCCUGUUUCGGAUUAAAGAAAAUAUCGCAAUUAAUGGUAUAUUCAAUCUGAUAUGACGAAUGAAUUGCAGUGACUUACCAUACCGUUUAUGAGAGAGAACACACGGCCUGACCAUGUCUGUGUCCCUGCUGUGGGCAGUGGAUGUGUACGGGCGCGUUUACAGCCUGUCCACUGGAGGGCAGCAGUGGGAGCAGUGUCAUGAUGCCGUGUUAGAGUUUAAGAGGGUGACAGCAGUACAGCAGUGUUGCUGGGGUAUCGCCUGUGACCACCACAUCUACCUGAAUGUCCACUCUAGUGAUGUACCCAUACGUUACCAGGAGGAGACAUACGAGAACCAGCGAUGGAAUCCCAAGGAUAACUUCUCGGAUCACUUGUUGCCGAGCGACCGCUGGCAUUGGAGUGACAUCACAGGGCUGGAACACCAACCCCUGGACAGUUUCCUUCUUCCCUCCACCAACUGGGAGUGGGAGGGGGACUGGUACAUUGAUGAGAACUUUGGAGGAGAACCCACAGAGAAAGGAGGUUGGACCUAUGCCUUGGACUUCCCUGCCACCUACAUCAAAGACAAGAAGUGGAACUCGUGUGUCCGUCGCCGGCGAUGGAUCCGCUACAGGAGGUACAAGGCCACAGACACCUGGGCCAAGAUCCCAUCUGAGGGUCACAGUGGUCCCCUGCCAGACCCCUUUAAUGACAUCAGCUGUGGGGGCUGGGAGAUCAGUGAGGAGCCCAGGGGGAGGCUGUCUCUGUGGGCUGUCUCUCUACAGGGCAAGGUGUGGUUUCGUGAGGGUAUCCACCACCACAGCCCAGAGGGGGAAGGCUGGGAGGAGGUGUCUCUGCCUGGGGAGGUAGUGCAGAUCAGCUGUGGUCCAGGGGACCUGGUUUGGGCUGUGCUCUGGGAAGGACAACUCAUCGUCAGGGAGGGCAUCACCAGAGACUGCUCACAAGGCUCGUCCUGGGUGGUGGUGGACUCUCCCAACCCAGAGGUCGGGGCCAUCCACGUAGCUGUGGGGGACAACGUAGUCUGGGCCGUCACCAAGGACAACAAAGUAUGGUUCAGGCGUGGCAUCAACUCCCAUAACCCAUGUGGUUCAGGCUGGAUCGGGAUGGUCGGGGAGAUGGUCAUGGUCAACGUGGGCCUCAACGACCAGGUGUGGGGUAUCAGCUGUGUGGACCGGGCAGUGUAUUUCCGUCAGGGUGUGACCUCCAGUGAGUUGAGUGGUAAAGCCUGGAAGGCUGUCAACGUGCCCCGAGACGGAGACAUCAGGUCCCACUCCUCCGCCAGCAUUAGCAGUCUGCACAGUGCUGGUUGUUUCUUCAGUGGUGAAAUACAAGCCCAGUCUGUGAUGAGUGAAGACUUGGACACAGAGGGCAGUCCACAGACGGCGGUCCUAGAAGUAGGGGCAUGCCCCUCCUCUCCCCCCGAGCCCCCUCCCAUCGACCCCGACGUCCCCAAACCACGCAUCCCUAAGGUCACCAGCGACAGUUUCAUCUCUGAGAUGCUCUCCGACCGUGAGGUCAAACAGGAGGGGGCCACCGCUGCCACCACUACCAGUCCCUCUAUCCCAGAAGAGGAAGUCGCUCUUGGGGAACCAGAGGCCAAGUGUCCCCCUCCGGCUCUGGUUCUCUCCCCCAGCCUGUCUGGAGGGCUUGGGGACCCCCAGUGGAGUAACGUGGACCUGGAAGAGACCCAGACUCACCUGGCUGUGGGGCCUGCCGUGGUGAGAGGGGACUCGGCUGACACCUGUAGUCUGUCCUCGGUGGCUACCUACACCCUGUGUCAGGGGGAGCCGUAUGGGGCAGAUGAACACCCGCUCUGGGCAUGGGUCAGUGGAGGAGGCUGUGGUGUGAACUGUCACUCCCAGCUCAACUGGUUCAACUCUGCCACAGCCCUGGCAUCAUCAGUCCAGUCCAUGAGUCUGUCCAUCAGUCCAGCCCAGACAGCUGCCUGGCGGAAACAGAUCUUUGAGCAGCUCAGCGAACGCUCUAAGAGAGAGAUGGACCACUUUAAACACUACGAACAGGCCGUAGAACAGUCUGUGUGGGUGAAGAAAGGGACCAUGCAGUGGUGGAGGGACUGGAAGCCCCAUAAGUGGGUGGACGUGAGGUUUGCCCUGGAGCAGUUCUCAGGACCAGAGGGAAACCAGGACGGCAUCCUCUUCCUCUACUACAACUUCAACGAGGAGAAGAAGUACCUGCAUGCAUUCAUCAACGAGGUGACUAUCUUGGUGCCGGUGCUGAAUGACUCCAAACACACGUUUGCCAUCUACACAGCAGAGAGGACCAAACAGAGGUGGCCUAUCAGACUGGCUGCUGCCACUGAGGUGGAGAUGCACGACUGGCUGGCCCUGCUGAGUGUGUCGUGCUGUGACUCCCGGGGGAUCCAGGGUCCCCCCUCUAAACAAGCCAUCUGGUCAGUCACCUGUAAAGGAGACAUCUUCGUCUGUGAGCCUUCGCCUAGCCUGGAAGCCUGUCCCUACCCCACACCCUGCGACCAGAUGUUCUGGCGUCAGGUGGGGGGCCACCUACGUCUGGUGGAGUGUAACAGUCUGGGGGUGGUUUGGGGGGUAGGCUACGACCACACUGCCUGGGUCUACACCGGCUAUGGAGGGGGAUUCUUCCAGGGUCUGGCCAGCAGCACAGAUAACAUCUUCACCCAGACAGAUGUGAAGUGUGUCUACAUCUAUGAGAACCAGAGGUGGAACCCAGUCACAGGUUACACCAACAGAGGCCUCCCAACAGACCGCUACAUGUGGAGUGAUGCAACAGGACUGCAGGAGUGUACCAAGGCCAACGCCAAACCUCCAUCCCCUCACUGGACAUGGGUAGCAGACUGGACCAUUGACUAUGGGAUCUCCGGGGGGACAGACCGAGAGGGUUGGCAAUACGCAGCUGAUUUCCCAAGGUCGUAUCAUGGCCACAAGACCUUGAAGGACUUUGUUCGUCGUAGACGAUGGGCCAGGAAGUGUAAACUGACGACUACAGGGCCGUGGCAGGAAGUCCCACCCAUCCCGUUGAGUGACGUGACCAUCGUCCUGUGUGGAGCUCAGAGCAGUGUUGAGCCGAUCCCUCUGUGGGCCAUCAGUAACAAGGGAGACGUGCUCUGUAGACUGGGGGUCACCCUACUGACUCCUGCCGGGACGUCGUGGCUUCACGUGGGCACAGACCAGCCGUUUAAGUCUAUCUCCAUCGGUGGGGCCAACCAGGUGUGGGCCAUUGCCAGGGAUGGAUCUGCCUUCUACAGGGGCUCUGUGUCCUCAGAGAGCCCUGCAGGAGAUUGCUGGUACCACAUCCCCUGUCCUGAAAGACAGAAGCUCCAACAGGUGUCUGUAGGGAGAACGUCGGUCUACACUGUGGAUCAAAAUGGUAACCUGUGGUUCAGACAGGGCCUGACUCCCAGCUACCCCCAGGGAUCAUCAUGGGAACACAUCUGCAACAAUGUACGCAAGGUCUCCGUAGGACCUCUAGACCAGGUGUGGAUCAUAGCUGACAAGGUGCAAGGCAGCCACAGUCUGAGCUGUGGGACAGUCUGCCACCGUCUGGGGGUUCAGCCCAUGGAGCCAAAGGGACAGUCUUGGGACUACGGCAUCGGGGGUGGCUGGGACCACAUCACUGUGAGAGGGAACUCCAUUGAGGCUCCUCGUGUCCGUAUGCCCUCCCUGACACCCUCCCUCACCUCCUCCCUAACGGACCCCCUCCGCCCACCUCCACCCCGCAGCCUGCUCCCUGUCAUGAUCACAGAGAUGGAGAACGGGAACGCUGUCAGAUGUUAAACACACACACACCUACAGUACUUGCUAGUGGACACUAUCUCUGUUCUGUCUUCAGCCCAACUCUCUCUUCAGAUACGCCACAAUGCAACUACCCCACCAUCCACACUGUACUGUAGCUCCCAGCUCCAGCCUCAGCUCUUCUGACCUAUCACUUGGCUGUGUUAAAAGACCUUUGAACCCUAUCUCUGCGCCCUCAACUUGACUCAGCCAAUCACCUUUUCUCUUUACAGCUAGCAGAUCAUGUUCAGUAUUUCCCACAUAGAGCACUAAUGUCGUUUUUAAACCGUGUCACUGAGUCUUUGAACAUUGCGCUAUUGUAAUUUAAAGGUUAACUCAGCUAAAAGACGUUGCCACGAGCAGCACCGCAAAUAUUCAGAUGAUUUAGAUGCAAGUCACACACAGUAUCUGCACAUGUACACAGGAUCAUUUCACGCUGUUGGAGCGGUAGGUACAGAUCGCUUCACGCUGUUGGAGCGGUAGGUACAGAUCGCUUCACGUUGGUAGAGCGGUAGGUACAGAUCGCUUCACGCUGUUGGAGCGGUAGGUACAGAUCGCUUCACGUUGGUAGAGCGGUAGGUACGGAUCGCUUCACGCUGUUUGAGCGGUAGGUACGGAUCGCUUCACGUUGGUAGAGCGGUAGGUACAGAUCGCUUCACGCUGUUGGAGCGGUAGGUACGGAUCGCUUCACGCUGUUGGAGCGGUAGGUACAGAUCGCUUCACGCUGUUGGAGC